UCCCUGCAUCACACACACACACACACUCCCGAUAUAUAAAUAUCUGACGCGCUCUUUCUCUCGUUUGCUAACUGAUUUGGUCGGUGGUCGAUAGGUUUCUUCAUUUACAACCGAUCUCCGUCGCUCUCUUCAACCGUCAACCGAUCGUAUUAAGAUGGGUUUGUCGUUUACCAAGCUUUUUAGCCGUUUGUUUGCUAAGAGAGAGAUGCGUAUUUUGAUGGUUGGUCUCGAUGCAGCUGGUAAAACAACAAUCUUGUACAAGCUCAAGUUGGGAGAGAUUGUAACCACAAUUCCAACUAUUGGCUUUAAUGUCGAGACUGUUGAGUACAAGAACAUCAGCUUUACUGUUUGGGAUGUUGGGGGUCAAGACAAGAUCCGACCAUUGUGGAGACACUACUUUCAAAACACACAAGGGCUUAUCUUUGUGGUUGAUAGCAACGAUCGUGAUCGUGUGGUGGAGGCUAGAGACGAGCUGCACCGGAUGCUUAAUGAGGAUGAACUAAGAGAUGCAGUGCUACUUGUGUUUGCCAACAAGCAAGAUCUUCCGAAUGCGAUGAAUGCUGCUGAAAUCACCGAUAAGCUUGGCCUUCAUUCUCUCCGACAACGACACUGGUACAUCCAGAGCACAUGUGCCACCUCUGGGGAAGGUCUAUACGAGGGACUGGAUUGGCUUUCCAACAAUAUCGCAAACAAGGCAUAAGCAGGAGUUGGAUCAUCCCUACUGUUAGUUUGUUUCGAGUUGAGACUUUUUUUUUUCCUAUGUUAUGUUGGGAAUGAAUAUAUGUUGACUUCUGUUUAGUAUUCGACAGUGUACAAUGAAUGAUUGAAUGUUCUUUGGGAUUCUGUAAUUGAAAUUGCCCUUAAGGCUGGCUGUGUAAUUGUAUUGUCAUUUUGUUCU